CUAACAUUGAGACAGUGAACCUUUGGAGUUUGAAAUGAUGUGAGCAUGCACAUACAGAUGACACGUGACUGCACACAGUUGGUGCUCAGAAUGACACAGCUCUGAUCGGAGGGAGGUGAUCUCUGAAAUUGCUCAGUGAGCACUCCUAAUUUCCCUGAUUUACAUAUUGCUGUUAAUUACACCCAAUGGAACCCAAUCAGAAACAAAGUGGGGAUGCACUGGCUGGCAUGCAGAAGGAGGCAGCUCUUCGGGCCCUGAUACAAAGAACUGGAUAUCAGCUCCGGCAGGAGAAUGGUCAGAGGCGGUACGGUGGCCCACCACCUGGUUGGGAUGGUCCACAUCCUGAGAGGGGCAGUGAGAUCUUUGUGGGAAAACUACCGAGAGACCUGUUCGAAGAUGAACUGGUUCCACUGUGUGAGAAGUUUGGAAAGAUCUAUGAGGUGAGGAUGAUGAUGGACUUUAAUGGCAACAACAGAGGAUAUGCCUUUGUUACUUUCAGCAAUAAGCUGGAGGCCAAAACAGCCAUGAAACAACUCAACAACUAUGAAAUCAGGCAAGUGAACGGCCGCCUUUUGGGAGUCUGUGCCAGUGUUGAUAACUGUCGUCUCUUUGUGGGUGGAAUUCCCAAGACCAAGAAGCGUGAUGAGAUCUUGACAGAGAUGAAGAAGGUCACUGAUGGGGUUGUGGAUGUCAUUGUGUACCCCAGUGCUGCAGACAAAUCCAAGAAUCGAGGAUUUGCCUUUGUGGAGUAUGAGAGUCACAGAGCAGCAGCCAUGGCGCGGCGCAAACUGCUGCCAGGUCGAAUCCAGCUGUGGGGUUAUCCCAUUGCUGUAGACUGGGCGGAGCCUGAGGUGGAGGUUGAUGAUGAUACCAUGGCAACAGUUAAAAUAUUGUAUGUGAGGAAUCUUAUGUUGCAGACCACAGAGGAAACCAUUGAGAAGGAGUUUAGCAGCUUGAAACCAGGAGCUGUGGAACGAGUGAAGAAGAUCAGAGAUUAUGCCUUUGUCCAUUUCUGUCAAAGAGAUGAUGCCAUCAACGCUAUGAAUGCUCUCAAUGGCAAGGUAGUGGACGGUUCUCCUAUCGAGGUGACUCUGGCCAAGCCUGUGGACAAGGACAGUUAUGUUCGAUACACUCGUGGGACGGGAGGAAGAGGAAGUUCUAUGCUUCAAACCGACUAUACAGCCUACACGUUGGGACAGGUGUACGACCCAUCUGCCGCAUAUCUCGGUGCACCCGUGUUCUACGCCCCCCAGGCCUACACUGCCUUACCAAAUCAGAUCCGCUUCCCUACAGCCAAAGCUCCUGUUGGGGGGCGAGGCUUAAUUAGGUCUCCUUCUGUCAGAGAAAUUUACAUGACUGUGCCUGUAGGGGCUGCGGGGGUACGGGGGCUGGGUGGGCGGGGCUACCUGGCUUAUACUACCGGAGCCUUGGGACGUGGAAGUGGGGGCACCUCGUGUGGCCUGAAACUUGGCAAGCAGGUGGAGGAGAAGCUGUACGACCUGCUGCCGGGAAUGGAGCUGACCCCUAUGAACCCUGCAGCCCUGAGCCUGAAGGCCAAUGCCCUCAAACCAGCAACACAGGUGCUGGAGGAGCUCUGUCAGAAGAACAGCUGGGGUCAGCCUGUCUACCAGCUCCAUUCUGCCAUCAGUCCAGAACAGAGGCAGCUUUUCCUCUACAAGAUCACUAUUCCAGCAUUGGCAUCACAGUACCCCAACCUCCAUCCCUUCACCCCUGCUAAGCUGUGUGCUGCUGUGGAGGAAGCCAAAGUCCAUGCAGCUGAGUACACCCUGCAAACGCUUGGCCUGCAGUCAGAUGGUGCUGCUGAUGCCAGUUGUGCUACUGCUACCGCCAUGGCUUCAGUAGCCUUCCCAGGAUAUACUCUGGCAAACCCGGCAUCUUCAGCGGUGGCCUCUCAGCUGAAGGAGGCUGGUUCUCUGGGUCAAGAGCUGACUGCGUAUGCCACUUAUGAGGGCUAUCCUGCGUUUGCUGUGGCAGCACGCCACACAGACGGAUAUGGUGUUUUCUAGAAAGAAAGCUAAAUUCACAUCAACAGCUCCCCCUUGUCUGGGGGUGUUUACAGGACAACUGCGGCACUAAAUCCCAGUAGCACAGCUGACGGCUGUUCAUUUUCUUCCACUGUUUAACUUAUCCACAGGAACAGUAAAUUAAUGUGAGUCCAUUGCUAUGCCUCACUUUCUUUCUCCAGCUUUUAACACUCUGGUUUCUUUUGUCUUCUUUCCCAUUUCUGCUAUCUGGACAGUUGCUAGCCAUGGAAUGUGACACAAACCCAGGUUCAUUUUGGUCUGUUUCCGUUUUCUACUUGUAAUUGUGAUUGGUAGUGAAGAUGUGUUUUAAACAGUUUACUCAUUUUCUCUUUAUAUGAAUUGAUAUCAUGUGACAAUUGGAUAGCUUAAGCCAAGUUUGAAUACUGGCUUGAUUAUUCCAGGAUUUGCAGGGUAUUUUAGUACUUAUUGACUUGACAUUUAGAUGACAUACAUAACCCAACCCCCCAAAAAAGGCUGUUUCAGCCAUAAAUGUUGCUUAGUCUUUUCUGUAAAAGAUUAAGAUUUUCUUUCUUUUUCUCUAAAGAAGAUUUAAUUGCUUUUAUAUUGAAGGCAAAAUAAUUUUCUCAUUAAAGCUUUUACACAAGCUUUUUAAAAAACGCCUUAUGAGCAUCAUUGACACACUUGAAGAAAAUCAGGUUUCAUCAUCAACUGUAUUCUCAUCCAGGUGAAGUCAAAGCUUUUAGUGAUUUUGAGAAAACUAGUAAAAUUCUUUAUAUUGUAAAGGAUUUUUUCAAUUACGUUAGACAAUGAAAAUACUUGUGUUCACCUUGAUGAAAUUGUAAUUUAAUAACUGCUGUUGAGCCUAUUGUCUGCUUUGUUUUGGUUAAAACCUCCAGAGCAAGGCUCACAAUGUAUUUCAGUUGCUAAUGUUUCUGGCUAACAUCCCAGCCCCCAUGUGCAGGCAGGAGCUGAUUCUCCUUAAGACCUUACAUGAACAUGUUUAACAAUUAUGUUUCACUUCUGAUGUUUUUACUGUUUUAGCAUUUCAGUUUGACUUUUAAUUGUUGGAUUUCCUCCCUUUUCUGCAUCACUAAAUUAGAUGUAAUAGCUUGUGCCAGUAUUUUCAAUGUCUUCUUUAGAUGCACGCUCAGAAACGUACCAAAAAUAAGAUCUUAAAUCUAGUAUUGUUUUAAAAAUCCUGCUAAAUAACAUGAUGUCUUUGGAAAUAUGGAAUGCUCUCUUGUGUUGUCUAUCUCCUGGUGUCAUCAGUCUCACUUUUUUGUAUGAGUGUUUAUGGUGAGUUCAAAUUUAGAGGCACAUGUUAAAGCAGACAGUAUUAAAGUGUGUACAGCACUUAGAGCUUAUUUUUAUAGCAGAAAAAGUGAAUCCCCAAUAACUCUUUGUUUGGUGUGUUGUGCAUUGACUAAUCUGUGACUGGAUAAAUGUGGGAAGACUGGCAGAUUUCCUGUGAUUUAAGAAAUCUGGUUUAAGAAUCUUUCGCUAUCAUGAUCUGUGAUAUUGAUAAAUUAAUAAACUGUGUCUUAAGAAUGA